AGCACAAAAAAGCAGAAAGCAGAGUUCGAAAACUACAAAAAUGGCGACUCUCUCACUCUCCUCCACUUCACCACCGACUGUCUCUCUCUACAACGUCAGCAGCAGCGGCACUGCCACCUCCAAAUUCUCCGCCUUUCAACUGAGGUCGGCCAAGCUCUCUUGUCUUCGUCUGAGCUCACUCCACCGCAACCCUCUCAGAGUUUCGAUUGGUGGAAAGAAGGAGUUCAUGGUGAUGAAGGGUAAGAGGAGGGGAUCGGGUGCGAUGUGUUACGCUGCACCUCUCUCUGUCAACACCCUCCAGUUUGUCUCCACCAUCUCUUCUGCGAUUCUGUUGCUUGCAAAAGGGACUGCUGUUCAGAAAUCAUUUCUUGUUCCCUUAUUUCUUCUACAAGCGCCGGAUGCCGUCAUCUCAUGGAUUAAGAGUGAAUAUGGUUUCUGGACUGCGUUCCUAGCCCUUCUUGUUCGUCUCUUCUUCUUUAUUCCCGGGGAACUUGAGUUGCCAUUGACAGCAUUACUCCUGGUGAUUGUGGCUCCUCACCAAGUUCUGCACAUAAGGGGAAGACAAGAAGGUGCUAUUAUUGCACUGGUCGUUGCAGCAUAUUUGGCUUUCCAGCACUUCUCACGAAUAGGAAGCCUGCGGAGAUCAUUUGAGCGAGGUUCAAUUAUUGCUACCAUAGCCAUCAUUUCCAUCACUGUUCUGUCAUGCUUGUUCCUGUUCUGAGUUUAUUGUAAAUAAGGAGCAAGUCUGAUAAUAGUCAUUAGUUACCUUUCGUUCGCCUGUUAGAUUUCUUUAGCAAACAAGAUAAUAAAGUUCUAAAUUUGUAUUUAUGUUUGUUUAUUAUAAGGAAUUACUGUCGGUGUGAUCUAUCAUCUGAUUUUGUACUCUUGAAUCACUCGUAUGUAUGGUAAUAAAAGAGAUAUUAUCAGCUAA